UCGUCCUUUUUCGACGCAGAUCGAUAUUCAUUACUGAAUUUGAGUUUUACCAGACGAGUUGACUCGCCGGUGCUGCGUGGAUUUACUUGUUCGGUAGUAAAAGGUUCAUUUAUAUUUUGUGCGCAACUAAAGCCUGACUGUUACCUUAUUCAUAAAUAGCAGUGGAACGUGAAAGCAUAGCCUGCAGCUUACGUGCUGUCGCAUUAUUAAUAAGAAACGCGACGUGUGUUUGUGUGUGUAUGUGUGUGUAUGUGCGCGUGUGCGGUCAAGAAUAAUGCCGCGCUGCCUAACCGCAUUACGGAGCGGAAGGGUUAACAUUGCGCCAAAGAUCAAAAACAUCGACAUCCGGUCAUCCGGCCGUAAUAAAUAUAAAAACAGGUCCUUUGGACUCUCCGUCGUGCGUCAUUACCGCCUUAAAUAUUUGAUGAACGGGAAUUUUACUGAAUCCGUCUUCGCCGUGCGUUUUCUGUUUGCUCGCCAGCCGAGAGCCCAAAACGAUUGCCCGAUUCGUUUCUAAUCGCAGGAGUGGCUGUCCUUGAGGCAGGCUGUCGUGUCCGAGUUCCAUAAACAUUUCGUGCCUAGUGGACAUUUGUCAUACACAGGACAACAUUACGACGUCCUAUAACUGGCCGACUUUGCUUUGCAGAUGAGACGAAAGUAUAUUUAAGACAAAUUCGACGUAUUAUGUUAGCGGAAAGCAGAUAAGUUUCGCCAGAACGUAUAAGAGCAGUAAAAGGCAAGAGAUCACCUUCUAUUUCUCGAGCUCCAUUUCUGACUACUAUUGAAGAGAAAACAGCAAUCAAGAAAGGAAAAGAACGGAAAGACGAACAAGGGGCAGCAAAAAAUUAAUGAAAUUUACGAGGCGUGAUAUCCUUGGUGACGCUUAUGCUCUCCUUAGGAAUCUUCUUAGGUAUUUUCGAUCCUUUGCAGAUAUGCCGCGUAUUGUAUGUGCUCUUUCAUUACUUCCUAUUAACAAACUACGCCUGGAUGUUCUGCGAGGGCUUCUAUCUGCGCACCCUGCUGGUAAACGCAUUCACCAACGAGCACAAAUUAGUGAAUUGGCUGAUGGGACUUGGAUGGUCGAUGGCGACUGUAAUCGUCACAUUGUACACGGCACUACGCGCCUCCAGCAACGAUCCUGCGGACACCGAGCAGUGCUGGAUCAACGAAGGCAACUAUAUGAGUGUGCUUGUUUACCCCGUGUACGUAUCCACUAUGUUGAACCUGCUCUUCCUAUUUAACAUUGUGCGAGUGCUCCUCAUGCAGCUGCGCGUCGGACCUGCCGUCGGAACACGCCCGUCACGAUUCAUGCUGCAGGCUUUCAGAUGACACACGAGCUGAAUUCUUUAUACCUUGUAUGUUAACCGUUGCGCGUCACGUUUCAUGUCGAGAGAUGGCGCUGGAAAAGAGAAUAGAAGAAAAGAACAAUAAGAGCGCGGAGUAACGAACGGGACUCUUUUCCGCGCGGCAGUCAUCGACUGAAAUGUAUCCUCCUCGCAAGGAAUUAUUCUUCGUGAAAUUGCUUAGAUCGUCCACCCGUUAGAAUUCGCUCGACGACAUCUUGAAGCGGCGUCGUUAGUCGCCGAUAAAUCUGCAGUAGAACUUUCGCUUGAAGCACCAGUCUGCUCUCGUUUAAAAC